AUGUUGGGUUUAUUAAAUAAAACUAAAUUGGUUAUUGCUCCCGCUGUUCGGGGCAUAUCUUCCAGUUGCGUUGCACGUACAUCUGCUGAAGAAACCCCACAAGUCGUCGAGAAACCCAACGUUCCAGUACCACCAACAUCAAGUGGACCGGCAUUGUUGUUGCCACAAACAUUCAAGGAAUUCGCACCCUUAAAUCUCAAAGAUUGUCGCCAAGCAUGGAUAGAGAAUAUCGAUGCCGUCGAAGAACGUAAAUUGGGUCUCAUCGAACUACAUCCUGAUGUCUUCGCCACACAGCCCCGAGUUGAUGUAAUACAGGAGAAUAUUGAAUGGCAAAGAAAGUACCGUUAUGUAAGUUUUGCCGAUACCAAGAAUCGAGCUGAGGUACGUGGUGGUGGACGUAAACCAUGGCCACAGAAGGGUGGCGGUCGUUCUCGUCACGGUUCGCUUAGAUCGCCCAUGUUGAAAGGCGGUGGUAUAUCACAUGGUCCCCGCUCACCCACCACCCACUUUUAUAUGCUACCAUUUUUGAAGAGAGUUUUGGGAUUGACAUCAACUCUUAGUGUUAAAUUGGCCCAGGAUGAUUUGCAUAUCAUCAGUAAUGUUGAUAUACCCAGUCAAGAUCCAGAUUUUAUAAAGGAUUUAAUACAUGAGAGGAAUUGGGGGCCAUCUGUUUUGAUUGUUGACAAGAAUGAUGAAUUCCCUGAGAACAUCUGUUAUGCUACCGAUUCCUUGGGCUAUGUCAAUUUAAUGCCUGCAUUUAGUUUAAAUUGUUAUUCAAUGUUGAAACACGACACAUUAGUUUUAACCGUGGAUGCGGUCAAACAUAUUGAAGAUCGCCUGUUGUACCAAUUACAUCGUACCGAUGCCAUGGUCAAGGGCCAAAAAUUCAAAUUGGAUCAAGUUUAAGUUUGUUACU